AACAAGAGCAAUGCAGAUGCCAAUCCAAUUUCAAUUAGAAAAGACUAAAGAGGUUAGAGUACACAAUACACAGACCUCUCCAAUUUCAGUCUGGAAAUAUCUUAUAAUUAAAUUACGUAUUUAAAACAAUGGACCGUAUGAGUACUAUCAGGCCCAAUAAAUAAAAGGCCCAAACCCUAAAAACGCCUGAGGGGGAGAAGCUGAUAACGAAAAUAAAAAGAAGCAUCAAUACGCUUCUCCGCCGCGUUCGUUCCUUCAUUCUUUCUCACACAAACUCUCUCCCUCUCUCUCUCUCAGCCCUACUAACAACCAUCCUAGCUUUUACCGCGAAAGAUUCCGAGAGUGAUGUUGAGCUUGAGGCCAGGAGGAGGUCGUGGAGGAAGCAUCUUCGCCCCACGCUCUGCCUUGUCUUCCUCUUCCUCCUCUGAUCUUACCAAUGCCGAAGACGCUCCUUCUUUUGCCGUUAAGAGAGGAGACUCGAGAUUUGAGGGUCAUGAGAUUGUGCGGUUCACUCGCGAACAGCUUCUUCAGCUUAAAGAGGGUAGCCAAGUCUCUGAUGAAGUUCUGAAGCUCGGUAAGGAUAUUGCAUCUGAUCUUUUUGGCGAAGAGCAGAGCUGGGGCCGUUCGGAAAACAAGCCUGCAGCUCAAGUUCAAAACCGUUACUCGGAGACUGAUAACCGUGAUUGGCAUACUCGUGCACCAAUUCCUUCCCCGAGUAAAGACAGGUCAAGGGAGGACCAACGCGAAUCUAGAGAUGCGUAUUCUGGAUCAAUCCAAGGGUCUGGCCCUCCUCCUGCCCUUGUGAAAGCAGAGGUCCCAUGGUCAGCUAAAAGAGGAACUCUUUCAGAAAAGGAUCAAGUUCUCAAGACCGUGAAAGGUAUUCUGAACAAGAUGACUCCUGAGAAGUAUGAUCUUCUUAAGGGUCAACUAAUUGACUCUGGCAUCACAUCUGCGGAUAUUCUAAAGGGAGUGAUCCAGCUGAUUUUUGAGAAGGCCGUACUAGAGCCCACAUUUUGCCAGAUGUAUGCUCUUUUGUGUUUUGAUAUCAACGGAAAGCUGCCUUCGUUCCCAUCAGAGGAAGCCGGAGGAAAAGAAAUAACAUUCAAAAGAGUGCUUUUGAAUAAUUGCCAAGAACAAUUUGAAGGCGCUGACAAGUUGAAGGAAGAAGUCAGACUGAUGACUGAUCCAUCGCAAGAAAUGGAGCGCAAGGACAAGGAAAGGAUGGCCAAGCUCAGGACAUUAGGAAACAUCCGUUUAAUUGGUGAACUUCUGAAGCAGAAGAUGGUGCCUGAGAAGAUCGUUCAUCACAUCGUCCAGGAGCUUUUAGGAUCCGACGAUAAAGAUUGCCCAGCAGAGGAAGAUGUUGAGGCUCUUUGUCAAGUUUUCAUCACCAUUGGAAAACAACUCGAUGAGAGCCUAAGAUCACGAAGCAUAAACGACAUGUACUUCACCCGUUUGAAGGAACUAGCAGUGCACCCGAUGUUAGAGCCACGCUUGAGAUUUAUGGUCCGUAAUGUUGUUGAUCUGCGAGCUAACAAGUGGGUACCAAGGCGUGAGGAGAUGAAAGCCAAGAAAAUCACUGAGAUUCAUUCAGAGGCAGAAAAGACUCUUGGGUUGCGCCCUGGUGCAAUGUCGAAUAUGAGGAAUAACAACAGCCGCGCCGGUGCGGAUGCUGAUAUUCUUGGCUCUGGAAACUUCCUUGGACGCUCUGGCAUUGGAGGAAUGAUGCCUGGUAUGCCAGGGAACAAGUCGCUGUCGGUUAAUUCAAGGCUCCUACCUCAGGGAAGCGGUGGUAUCUUGAAUGGUAAACCAAGUGCCCUAUUGCAAGGCAACAGUGCUGAACCGGCUAAAGCUGUUGUUGCCCCGGCCAAACCAGCCGUGGAGAAGCCACAGCCACAGGUGGCGGCUCCUCCUAUGGCUGCUACUAGCUUGAACUCAGAAGUGCUCAGCAGGAAGACCAAGUCGCUUUUGGAAGAGUAUUUCAAUGUCCGUCUGUUGGAUGAGGCAUUGCAAUGCGUAGAGGAACUGAAAUCCCCAUCUUACCAUCCCGAGCUCGUCAAGGAAGCUAUCUCCCUCGGAUUGGAGAAAAACCCACCGUGCGUUACACCAGUUGCAAAUCUCUUGGCACAUUUGGUCUCUAAGAACGUUCUAACUCCUAAAGACAUAGGGAGUGGUUGUCUGCUUUACGGGUCUAUGCUUGAUGACAUUGGAAUCGAUCUGCCAAAGGCGCCAAACAACUUUGGGGAGAUCCUUGGGAGUUUGGUUAUGGCCAGUGCGUCUGGUUUCGAGGUGGUCAAAGAGAUUCUAAUGAAAAUGGAGGAUGAGUGGUUCAAGAAAGCAGUCUUGGAUGCUGUGAUCAAGAGUGUAAGCGACUCUCUGUUGGUUACGCAUGCAGCUGAUGUCGAGGCGUGCCGUAGUUUGGUGUAGAUCAGUUUAAGACCCCAAACUCGCUGGAAAACCAGGUGAGAUCUUUCCUCAAAACCUUUUCUAAAAAACUUGUUGAGUUAAUACCAAUACUAGUCAUCGAGAUUAGUUUCAAUCUUGAUACAUGGUUUUGUUUUUCUUUAUUUGUGUAUGUUCUCUUUGGUGCUACAUCUUGGUUUUGAUUAGUUCAAGAUGCGCAAGACGUUGAUACUAUUGUUUAAUGGUAGUGUUUUAACAUUUGUGGAAUGAAAUUUUAUUUUUAAUAAA